AUGGUGUUGACCGGAACAAAAUUCUUGGAGUUCAAAAAAUUGGAGGGCAGGUCCCAAGACGGCAUCGCGCCGACCAACCCGAUCGGCCCGCCCCUCUCGCGCAUCGCAGCAAACGGUCCCUCCCUUGCGGCGACAACUCCGCGACUCUGUUUGAUGGGGAUGCAGUCUCUCUUCAGCGUCCACAACAACGUGUCGCUCAUCAGUAUUAACAUUGCGCCGAGUGCCUGGGUCGCUUCCCUGGUGCUCUCCCUAGUCUUCCUCUUCCUGUAUCUGCUCUAUCAGCCCCUGCCCUCUUUCCGCUGGACAAGAUUAUUGUUCAAGCGCCGUAGGCAACAACCACAGCAACAACAAUACCGAAGGGCCGCACCGCCCAUUAUCGAGGAGGAGGACGACGACACUUAUUUCGAGGAGGAACCACCCCGACGACGACAUAUCGAGCACACCCCAUUGCCACCACUUCUCACCGACUAUCCCUAUCCCUUUGACCGCAGCGUCGACAGCGACAGCACCAAGGAGAACGAAAGGAGGGAAAAGUCGAGCCGCAAACAACAACAACUGCGGGCUAGCGACAAACGCGGCGAUAGCAGGAGUGGCAAACGAACCGCGACCAAGGAAAGCGGAGGAGGAGGACGGGGAUCCGGCAGCAAACCCCUCGGCCCUCUCGACCAGCUCGACGCGUCUCUGGACGACUUCGCGCCCUCGAUUGGCAACCAGAGCCGGCUGCCGUUCGGCUACCCGUCGACCCACUCGGGGUUCCGGAGCGACGACCAGAGCGAGAUGGGCGACUCGGAUUCGGAGGCUUCCGCCGGUGGCUACAGUCCGCCCGCCUGGAGACGCCUCGAAAACGGCAACCGCAGCAGCGGCUUCUGGCGGAAAGGUGACGACCUCGCCUUGCUGUACGACGGGAUCGACGGCGGCGCUUUUGACGGGCUGCGCUCGAGAGAGAGCAGCCCCGAGUAUGAGAGUGCCGAUGAGGGGGACGCGGUCCUCGCGCAGGCCAUCAGGACGAGGUUACCCACGGGGAGCUUGUCGCCGGAGAAGGAGAGGAGCCCGGAGCCCGAAUUCUAUCCGGCGCAGCAACAUUUUAUUGACGACGUGGUUGGUAUUAAGCAGGAAGACGAUGGGGCGCUAACGUUGGGUGAGCUGAAAGACCGGAGGCUUGCGCCAAAAGACGUGUCAGACAAUUGUAGGUCGGACCUUUGUACCCCAUCUCUCUGUUUCACCAAGACUUAUACCGUACCAGUUAUUCGAUUUGCCGUCAGGGCAGAAGUGCAGCAGCGAACCGAGCCCAUCGAGUCGGCCAUCAACUUCGUCCGCAAGAGGUUCCAUACCAUGACCAGAUCAUGGGCUUCAAUCUUCUUCUCUUUUAUCAUUGCCACAUUUUCCUACGCAGCCCUGCGGUGGAUUUCACAGCCAGCCGCAAUGCGGCCCGUCCCCGACCUGGUCAAGGUUGCCGGCGUCGCCCGUUCCCUUGAACCGCUGAUUUACUACUCCGAAAAUGGGAUCCAGCAGGUCGGCGAUCUCCAAGCAACAGGCGUCGCAGUCUGGGACCUUGGGGAGAGCGUCCGAAGUAGUAACCUGACCUCGGCUCCCAUCAUUGUCAAGGAGCUCGACGAGCUCAGCGACAGCCUCAAGACGCUUGCUAUCGAACUCACAAAGUUCUUUGCCAAUGUCGACGGCGAUAUCGACGGCAUCCUGAUUGUAAUGGACUGGGCCCGCCGCGAGCUCUCACAGGUCCAACACCUACCCACCCUCCCGCUCUCCUCGGCCUUCGACAACAUCCACAAUCUCCUUUCCAACGCCGGCAUCCUCGAAAACCCGCUCACUGGCCAGCCCACCCGGCUUGGCGCGCUCGCCACCUCCCUCUUCGGCCACUCCACCCCUCAGCGCACCAAACAAACCCUCCAACGCACCUUCAACGAGUUCCUCACCGUCCUCGAAGACGCCGUCGCCUCCGAACUGCAGCACUCCCUCGCGCUCUUCGCCCUCUUCGAAGCCAUCGACCACCAAUUCCUCAACCUGGCCCGCACCGUCAUCCGCGAGGCCUCGCUCCAAGACGAAGCCCACACCGAUCUCCUCUCCUCCCUCUGGACGCGCAUCCUCGGCCCCAACGCCUCGGCGGUCGCCAAGUACGAGCGCAACCGGCAGCUGCUCCAGAACGUGCGCGAGAAGACGGUGCGCAACAAGGGCGUGCUCGUCGAGCACAACCACCGCCUGCUCGCCCUCAAGGCCAAGCUCGAGAACCUGCGCCGCAAGCUCGUCUCCCCGCUCGUCCGCUCCGUCAACAGCAGCACCCUCACCCUCGCCGACCAGAUCCGGGGGUUGGAGGAUGCGGGGUCCCAUCUGGAGGAUGUAAGGGUCCAGCAGAAGAGUAAGCUGUUUCAGACCCUGUAUGGGAGUGGUGCCGCGAGGUUGCCUGCGGUGGAUGCGGGUGGUGCUGGUGCUGGUGCUGGUGCUGGUGCUGGUGCUGCUGCUGCUGGGGGUGGGGGUGGAGCGGGGAGGCGGUUUAUUGGGAAGGCUGGGAGGUGA